AUGCUUCCCGGUCGAUUUAACCUCUUUUUUCUCAGCGCCUCGACAGCGCUGGCGACCUCCCAACAAGGCAUGGAUCCGAAAAGAGGCUGUGAGGUAAUUAACUCCACAUUCACUUUGAACUUUCAAGGGUUCUAUGAUCACCUGGAUCCGGAGAACUUCACCGUUGCGACGGUUGUCAAGUCCCCUUAUGACGGACCCUCUCCUGUGGAACUUUUCAACCAUCCCCAGUCGUUACCGCAAGGCAGUUGGAACAUCACUUUGACAACUCAGAGGGCAAUCGAGUUCAUCAACAAGGCUGCUGACAAUGGAAUUGGUCUUUUGGCUUUCCCAGAAGUGUGGUUUCCUGGAUAUCCGUUCACUAUGAUGUCUAAGCCUGAACUCUCUCAAAGUUACAUCGACAAUUCGCUCGUGGAGAAUGACUCGAAUUGGAUUGCCCUCGUCAAUGCAAUCAAGAAGGCUGGGAUCUAUGUCGCAAUCGGUGCUUCUGAACGUAUAGGCGACAAACUUCACAUGUCCCAAAUCUUCUGGUCUCCGGAGGGCGAAAAGUUAAUCCAUCGCCAAAAGCUUCGUGCAUCAGAGUUCGAACGUAAUCUCUGGAGCGAUGGUGAUGUUGACGGAUUCAAGGUAGUGCCCACUCCCUAUGGUCGGAUUGGGCUUCUUGAAUGCUGGGAACAUCUUCAUGCCCAAAUGACUUUCCCUAUGCAAGCGCAACUUGAGGACAUCCACAUUGCCAUGUAUCCCAACAUAAAGAGUCCCUACGAACCCGAGGAUCCCGACAAGAUUUCGCACCCCUUUAGCUCCAUGGCUGUCAAUAUGGCUGGUGUUCAUAUUUACAGUGCUACAGCUAAGGUGUGGAGCGUCGUUUCCGGCAUGGACGGCGGAAUAAUUAUGAACCCCGUUGGUGUCAUUCAAGCGUUGCUUCCACCGCCAACAAAUGAGACCUAUCAUGGUCCUACCUAUCUGGCUCACAGUAUAAACACGACGACUUUCAGACAAAACAGGACGUAUGAGGUCAAUAGCCAAUUUGGCUUUGGGUCGUUGCUCGAGAUGCUCCAAUCUUAUCCGUCUUAUAUUUCGAAAGAUAGGGGAACCUUUAUCCUCAAGAAGACUGUAACAAUCUCAGACCUCUUGCGUCUAGCAGAGAAGGGUGUUAAAUAUUUCAGUGGAGAUGAUACGGCUGAGGUUCCUUUGUGA